UGCAAACUAAAUGUACAACUUUAGCAAAUUGUAUACCAUAAUGUUGUCCAUUUUUGUUUACCGCGGAUUGCAGCGCUAGAAGAACGAAUAGAUAACGCCACAUUUUCCAACCGUUUUCUCGAUAGUUAGGACACUGUUUGAAGCAUCCGCUGAUGCGAUUCUCUUUUUAUAAGCUCGAGGCGGGCAACUUUGUUUUUGUCUGAGACUGGUAAUCAUGGUUCUAAGUACUGCUAAUCGUGGGAUCUGUUGAGCUAAGCUCAGGCUCUAUAAUCAGUAAUCAAAUUCCGCUUGUCGUGCCAAGAACGUUUAACUCUCAAGAUGUGUAUCCGAAGAUUUGUCAUACUUGUAUUUGUUUUGCUUCUGGGUCUGGUGAAUGCCACGCCCCGAACAGACAGUUUAUGGGAGUUGCGCAAGCUAAUGAGACAACAGGAUGAAGAGCAGCAGCAACAUGAUCAGAGAUUCAAUGAAGACAUCAACAGCUGGACACACGACUUGGACCAGAUGGGCAUUAAUUUUGUGGCAUUCAUCGAGCAGUGUCGCCCAUUGGGCAGCCAUUGUAGUCAGCGGCAUGUGCAACGCCAUUUGCGCUUUUUGCGACGCAGUUGCAAUGAGCUAAGAGGCCGGCUAGAUACCCUGGAGAUUAAAUACUUGGGAAAGAUCAGUGAAGAGCAGCUGUUGAUGCCAACACUGAGAGCAGUGCGUUUAGUUCUGCAGCAAUACGAUGCCGAGUUAAAAGUGAUUAAUGCUGAAGCUUAUAAAUUGGUAGAGCAGUAAAAUGAAUCAUAUUUAUGUUAUUUUGAGUAGCAGAUUUUUUAAUUGUUAUUUAACCAAGAAAGUGUUACACACUACAAAUAUUUAGGAAGGGUAUCUGUUCAGCGAAUUACGAAUUUAUUUCAAAUCAAUAAUGAAUAAAAAAUUUGAUCAAAUUUUAAUAAUAAAAGGUUUUGACUUAUAGCGGAACUUACGAAUUAACUC